GGCCGGGGGCGGCCCCAUGGGGCGGGAACGGGGGGCACCGCCUCAGCGCUCCGGCUAAGGAGACUCUGGGAUACAAUGUCAACCCUUCGGGUCCGAACAAAGAAAAAACCAGCACCUUUUGACCAGUCUCCAGACAAUCUGCCAUUGAGGAGUUCUGGGAGACAGGUGAAGAAAAAAGCCACAGAAGCAGCGGAUGACGACGACGACGCCUCGGAGAAGAAGUACAGGAAGUGUGAGAAGGCGGGGUGUACCGCAACGUGUCCUGUCUGCUUCGCCAGUGCGGCCGAAAGGUGUGCUAAAAAUGGCUACACCUCGCGGUGGUAUCACCUGUCCUGUGGGGAACACUUCUGCAACGAAUGCUUUGACCACUAUUAUCGAAGCCAUAAAGACGGUUACGAUAAAUACACUUCGUGGAAGAGGAUCUGGACUAGUAACGGCAAAAGCGAACCCAGCCCCAAAGCUUUCAUGGCCGACCAACAGCUUCCCUACUGGGUGCAGUGCACGAGACCCGAGUGCGGGAAGUGGCGCCAACUGACCAAGGAGAUCCAGCUGACCUCCCAGAUGGCCAGGUCGUACCGAUGCGGCACCAAACCGAACACGUCAGUCAAGAUAGAGGGGCCCGACCAGUGUUCCCUCCCGGAGGAUCUCCGCGUGGCCGAAGUGUCCGACCACUGGUGGUACUCCAUGCUCAUCCUCCCUCCUCUGCUGAAGGACAGCGUGGCGGCCCCCUUCCUCUCCGCCUACUACCCCGACUGCGUGGGCAUGAGCCCUUCCUGCACCAGUACCAACUGGCUGCUCGGCGAGGGCCACCCCGUCAAACUGGAGCACUGCAAGGCGGUCCCUAACGUGGUCGUUGCAGGGAUGAACCGGUACUUUCAGCCUUUCUACCAGCCCAACGAGUGCGGGAAAGCUCUCUGCGUACGGCCCGAUGUGAUGGAACUGGACGAGCUCUAUGAGUUCCCGGAAUACUCCCGCGACCCGACCCUCUAUCUGGCCCUGAGAAACCUCAUCCUCGCUCUGUGGUAUACAAACUGCAAGGAAGCCCUGACCCCACAGAAGUGCACUCACCACAUCAUCGUUCGAGGGCUGGUGCGCAUUCGCUGUGUGCAGGAGGUUGAAAGAAUACUCUAUUUUAUGACCAGAAAAGGGCUCAUCAAUACCGGGGUUCUGUCGGUCAGCCCCGACCAACAUCUCCUCCCCAAAGACUACCACAGUAAAUCCGUCAUCGUCGUCGGGGCUGGUCCCUCAGGAUUAGCGGCUGCUAGGCAACUGCAAAACUUCGGCAUUAAGGUCAUGGUCCUGGAAGCGAAAGACAGGAUUGGCGGCCGGGUGUGGGAUGAUAAAUCCUUCAUCGGGGUCACGGUGGGACGGGGGGCCCAGAUCGUCAACGGCUGCAUCAACAACCCGGUGGCGUUAAUGUGCGAGCAGCUCGGCAUCAAGAUGCACAAACUGGGGGAACGGUGCGAUUUGAUCCAGGAAGGGGGGCGGAUAACUGACCCCACUAUCGACAGGCGCAUGGACUUCCACUUCAACGCAAUCUUGGAUGUGGUGUCCGAGUGGAGGAAAGACAAGACUCAGUUUCAGGAUGUCCCUUUGGGAGAAAAGAUCCAGGAGAUCUACAAAGCUUUCAUUCAGGAGUCGGGCAUCCAGUUCAGUGAACUGGAGGAAAAGGUGCUUCAGUUUCAUCUCAGCAACCUGGAAUAUGCCUGUGGCAGCAACCUCUACCAGGUCUCCGCCCGCUCUUGGGACCACAACGAAUUCUUUGCCCAGUUCGCCGGAGACCACACACUCCUGACACCAGGGUAUUCUGCUAUUAUUGAUAAAUUGGCUGAAGGCCUGGACAUUACCCUUAAAUUUCCAGUCCGGACCGUCGACUACAGCGGGGAAGAAGUCCAGGUCACCACCACGGAAGGCACAGUUUGGACGGCGCAGAAGGUUCUGAUCACGGUGCCCCUGGCCCUGCUGCAGAAGGGGGCCAUCCAGUUCAACCCGCCGCUGCCGGAGCGGAAGGCCAAGGCCAUCAACAACUUGGGGGCGGGAGUCAUCGAGAAGAUUGCCCUGCAGUUUCCGUACCGAUUUUGGGACAGCAAGAUCCAGGGGGCUGAUUUUUUCGGGCACGUCCCCCCCAGUUCCAGCAAGCGCGGGCUGUUCGCCGUGUUCUACGACAUGGAUCCCCAGAGUCAGACGAGCGUGUUGAUGUCCGUGGUGAGCGGGGAGGCCGUGGCUGCCAUCAGGAACCUGGAUGACCAGCAGGUCCUGCAGGAGUGCAUGGCGACCCUCCGGGAGCUGUUCAAGGAGCAGGAAGUUCCCGAUCCCGUGAAGUUCUUCGUCACCCGCUGGAGCCAAGAUCCGUGGAUCCAGAUGGCCUACAGCUUUGUGAAGACCGGCGGGAGCGGGGAAGCUUACGACAUCCUCGCCGAGGACGUCCAAGGGACGGUCUUUUUCGCCGGCGAGGCUACCAACAGGCACUUUCCGCAGACCGUGACGGGAGCGUACUUGAGCGGCGUCCGAGAAGCCAGCAAGAUAGCGGCCUUUUGAACCGGAUUCCCUCCAUCCCACCUUCGUCUCCUCCUCCUGCUGGCACCUCCUCGGCCCCCUUCCCACUUAGAGCCCGGGCAUCCUCCUGGCUCUGCCCUGACACGACCUCGGGAGGGACUGCUGGCAUCCGGGCCCAGCCCCGCGCUUCUCCCCCACCUCCGCCUCUUUCCCCAAGACUCGGCUCUUGGGCCGCUUCCCGACAAAGGGAGUAAAAUCACUGAAAUGAGAGGAAGGGCAACGGCAGUCAGAGACUGCACGCAAUUGGGGACGUAAAUCCUCAGUUUCCCGCCGAGUCUUUUCACAUCGUCCGCCCCCCACAAGCCAGGCUGGUCCGCUCAGGCAAGCAGCCCCGCUCUUCAGAGCCAACGCAGAUCUUGGCUUCGGGAAGUCAAGCUGAAAACCCUCCGAACCCCCUCAUUUUCAGCUGCUUGGUCGGAGGGAGUGUACAUUUCACCUUAAGCCUUUUGUGGUUUAAAAGGGGGGAAAAAAAGGAAUUUUCAAUCUCCUUUGCAGCAUCCAAAGCACACGUUUCCCAAACCACUGGCUUGGCUUAGGAGGGGGAAUCGUCCCACUAAAACAGGGAGAGGCAAAGGCUGAGCCCGAGCCCCCCUGCCCACCCUCAGGGUCAGGGAUGGCUGGGGUCUGGGCGGAAAGUUCCUGGUUUGGAGCAGCCUGAAGACUUCUCCUCUGCUUUUGAACCAGGAUGGAGAUAGUGGGGACCAUUUUCAUCCUGACAGGUGGGAUGAAAACACACGUUUCUGAAAACACACAAUUCGGGAGGCCCACAGCCAGACCGAAAAUGCUCAAGUACGGCGAGGACUAGAGCGAAUAAGGGUCACAGAGGUGAUGGUGGUGAUGAUUUUUCAAUUAAAGGGUAUCAGAACUUUUCGAAGGAACUAAAGAUAGAACAGCUCAGAAUAUUCCACAGGCAGGGCCGGUGGAAAAGGGCAGAGGAAACGUGUAAGACUUUCCUGGUCAUUUUUACAGAUUUUUAAAACCCUGGGUUUGCUUUUCCCCUUCCUGGGACGUCUGGUUUAAUCUUAGGAAAUUGAGUCAAAACUGUUACGAUGAUUUGUUUCGAGGAUCUUUUUUUUUUUUUUAACUUCGUAACCUUCCAGAGUAGAAGAAUCAACUGUCAGGAACUCAGCAAUCUGAGUUAACGUUGACAAAGCGGGCCUUCGAAUUACCGUCCAUCUGCAGUCAGCCUCGGUUGAAAAAUGCAGUUGUGAUUCCUAGCGAGUUGACAGCUCUGUUGGACUAUGGAAAAAGACAUCGGUCAGUGUCAACCGUGACUCUGCUCUUAGGUUUUUUAAUUGACAAUGAAUUGCUUCUGGUUUGUUUGUUUUAUGAAAAUGAGUUGAAAACGAUGACAAAAGCAGGUUGCGGAAAACAGUCCAUUUUGUAAAUGGUUUUAACUAGGCUUUGACUUUAUCCCAGGAAAGGGGCAAAUGAGGUUGAACUGUCUCAGUUUCUUCUCCAAAGUUUAUGUAGAAAACUUAAGAAUAAUAUGUAGAAGAUAAAUCUAAAUGGGAAAUCACUGGUACCAAAUCAGAAUGUAUUCUACCUGAAGCUAUUUAGCAUUAAAAUGAAUGUUAGGGUGAGAAAUGCCAAGCAUUAUGUCAAUACUAAAAUAUAAUCCAUAAUAAAUUAUUAUUAUUUUGGUAUAAAGGCACUUAAAAAACUGCACAGUGGGGCAGUUCUGAUGUGGGGAAAACAUGCUUAGAGGGAGAUGUAGCACACGGCUACAAUUUAAAUAUCCAUAUAAGCUCCUAAAGGGCUAAGAACUGCCUGUGAGGCCCUCCUCAGCUAAGGAAAAAUACUAAGGUCCCUUAGCGUAAACCUCAGAGUUCAUUUUGAGCAUGUUUUUCUGUCCUGUCUGUAAAGACUUUUUGUAAAUAAGCAAGGGAUAUGCUUUUUUUAAAAAAAAAAAAGGAAAAUGGAAUAUUAUUGUUUGAAUGCACAGCAUGACCUGUUAAAUUGUAACUGUGAUCGUAAUAAGGAUGCAAAAUAAAACUGGAAAGA